AUGGCAGAGGCUAUCGGCGCGGUCUCCGGAGUAUCAGCACUUGUCACGGCCACCUUGCAAGGAAGUAUAAUACUUCUGAACACAAUCAAGAGCUACAAAGGUCAUCAAACACGUGUACUCGACUUCUUGGAUGGGCUUGUUGCUUUGACCCAAGUUCUAAGCAAGCUCGAUGAAACGAUCAAGGCUGUCCGCGAUGUGGACUUCUCUAUGCUCGAAAUUCCUCUACAACAGUGUGACCACACGUGCAAAGCGUUGCACGAGGAACUUCUGAAAUGCUUAUCGAGAUCGAACGAUACCCAUACGAGCUUCCGAGACUGGCUUAGGCUAAAGUACAUGGGGGAAGAUAUCGAUGGUAUCCGAAGGCUGCUGGCUGAGCAUAAAAUGACCAUUCAAAUUGCCCUCGCAGACGCGCAUCUUCGCGAGUCCUCUGCUACGGUCGAAAGGAUCGAGAUUUAUACUGAUCUUCUGAACACUACAAAAGCCAAUCUUCAAGACCGUCUUGAGAGAAUUGACGAGAAAAUGGACAGGAUAAUAGUUCAAAAAAAAGGAGGCUCCGAAAAAGAUGCACAUGAGGUCAAAUUGAUUGAGGAAGAGCGGUUGAGUACUGAGAAAUGUCUUCAAAUCUGUACCCAGUUAUCCGACCACAUUAGCCAGAUCCAGCUCACGGCAAAGCGCAGCACCGGCCCAAAUGGGCCACUGGGUUCGAGUUCUCUACCUCAGAAAGUGGCGGACGAAGGCUUCCAGGGUUGCGUCGAUAGCCUUUCUCGCGCGACCUCAAAGUUGGAAGAGCAUGAGAGGCAGCUUUUUGAUCGGUUGAUUGAGAAAUCCAAGACAGCACUUUUCUCGGAGGAUGAUCGUACAGAUAUCGCGCGGCUACGAGACGAAUGGCUUACGACUCGGCAUCACCUGAAUAUUUGGUCCACAGCACAGAGCCAUCUAAGGGACAAAGUGAGCACUAUCGAGAAUUACGCCAAAGGCGACGCCAUCCAAAUUAUGGCUUCAACUGGGGAGAAGACCAUUCAUGGUAAAAAUCAAGGGUUAGGUGCGAAGACGGGACAGGUGGGUGGUUAUAUGAGUAAUGACACAAUCCAGCAGUCUCUGCGCAUGAUGGGGGGCAUUUUUGGUCAAACUACCAGGCUGGAUGACACAUAUCUGGAGAGAGAGAAUUCAAUCGGUGCUGUUAACGGCACGGCCGAGGGGACCGGCUCAAGCUUCAAAGGCAAAGGAUUCCAACUUGCAUCGACUCCCUCCUCGUGCAACCAGACAAUGUUGACAAGGUCGGCGAGGGAUGAAUCUCGCAGUUGA